AAGUGAAGAAUUAUACAUAAAUGGUGCUAACUGUUCCUUCUAGAUGGUGGUUGUUCCGAUCAUGGGGAAGAGUGGGGACAACUAUAGGCAGCAAUAAGAUUGAACGAUGUGAUUCUCGAGUAAGUGUCAUAAGAUCCAUGGAAGCCCUAUAUAUGGAAAAAACCGGCAAUUCUUGGGCUGACAGGAAAAACUUCGUCAAACAGGCCAACAAAUUCUACCCUCUGGAGAUUGAUUACGGUCAGGAUGACGAAGAGGUUGUGACCACACUUAAGACUGGGGGGAAGUCCAAGCUCCCCAAAGCUGUACAAGAUCUAAUUUGCAUGAUAUUUGAUGUAGAGAGCAUGAAGAAAGCCAUGUUGGAGUUUGAGAUUGAUUUGAAGAAGAUGCCACUCGGGAAGUUAUCAAAGCGACAAAUUGAAUCGGCCUAUACUGUACUGACCGAGUUGACAGAGCUUAUUUCAAAAGGUGGCACUCAGACACAGUUCCUGGAUGCUACAAACAGGUUUUACACUUUGGUACCUCAUGACUUUGGAAUGAAGAAGCCACCUCUAAUAAACUCUCUAGAUGUUAUAAAGGCCAAGACAGACAUGAUCAAUAACCUGCUGGAUAUCGAAGUUGCUUACGGCAUGCUGAAGGGAGGCGACACUGGGGAAGAUCCUGUGGAUGCUCAUUACAGGAAACUUAACACAGAAAUUGAG